AUGGCACCAAAGAAGAGUAACGAAAGAGAAGAAGAAGAGAAAGGGCAGAAAAAGAAACCAACGAAGAUCGAAAAAGAAGGCAAAAGGAAGAAAAAGAAAAGGACUAAAGUAGGUUAUGGGAGAUAUAUUUAUAAGGUAAUGAAGCAAGUGCAUCCCGAUAUGGGAAUAUCAUCAAAAGCUAUGACCAUAUUGGACAAUUUGAUGGGAGACAUGUUUGAGAGAAUUGCAGAGGCAGCAGCAACGUUGUCAAAGUACGUAGGGAGGACAACGUUGUCGUCGAGGGAGAUUCAGGGUGCUGUGAAGAUGGUGUUGCCAGGAGAACUUGGGAAGCAUGCCAUUGCUGAAGGAACUAAAGCUGUAGUCAGUUAUGUUACUGCUGUUGCUGAAAAAAAUAAGUCCAAGACUAAGUGAAGUGAACGUAACGUUAAUUUGUUGUAGUGCUAAUUAUAGGUUUCUAAGUAGUGUUUUCUUUUACUUUGAGUUUUUUCUGUUUGUUUUCUUAACUUAUUAGUGGUUAGCUUCAUGUCGUAGUAGCAGUAGAUAUUUGGAGUAUAGAAAUGCAGUUUGCAUGUAAUCCUUCGAUAGUCAUGCAUGGCAAGUAGUAGC